AUGUUUCAGAGGGCUAGAUUUCUCCUUUUACCAAUAGAUGAUGUCUUGCCUGCCGGUAGUCGUUGGUCGCGUGUGACAGCACUGCCAACGUCGCAUGCUCACCCUUCCGGUGCGUCUCGGGCUUCCCGUACAGGGCCGGUCACAGCCAAUACCACCUCAGCGCUACCGCCAACGCCUUACAUAACCUUCAUACCCACCCUUCACGUGGCAUCGGUGAAAUUUUAUGACGCCGUUCUUGAUUACAUGAGGGAAUCCGUCGAAAAGAACAGUAAUGUCGUCGUCCUAUUGGAAGGUAUCUGCGAUAACAAGGAGGGAAGAAUACAGCAGAUGGACGAAUACAUGCAAAUUUCACGGAGUGAGGAGUUACGUGCCGCCAUGCUUGAGAAGGCUGAGAAAAACACACUGUACAAUGACGAAACUAUUCGUACAAUUUGUGAUGAGCUGGCUGUCAACUACGAUGUUCUGAGCAGAGAGUUGGAAACAGUUCGUCUGCAGGAAUGCUACCUCCGCCCGAAAAUGGCUGCCCUUAUGGGGAAGAAUCUUUGCAACGAAGCCGACAUCGACAUGGAGGAAGUUGAAGCCCUGAUGUUGGAAGGGGAUAACAAUGAUCAUAGUGGAAGCUAUGGCGCUUGCGGCAGCGGGUCUGUCGUACCAAUCACUAGCAUCGGUUCCCAUCCCGCGGUGCGCCGAAGUCGUGAGAUGAAAGUUGCGCGCAAAGCGCGUGCAACCUGUGUUGAUUGGUUGAAGCAUGGCGUGGCCGGUGAGGUAAUUCUUCCCUGGGGAAUAUACCAUGUUGAAGGCAUACAGCGUAACGUGCUGUCGUUGAAUGCGCAGGACGAGGGAAUUGUAUUCGUUGAGAGUGGUAACGAUAUUCGCCAUGUGCCGUUUGGCAUUCACAGAGAUCUUUUGGUUUUGUGA